AUGCCUAUUUGCUCUUUUCCCAAUUUGCAUUUACUCUCUUUCUCUCUAUCUCUAUCUCUCUCGGUCCCGUCUGCGUUUCGUCCCUGAGGAGGUGCUGGAGCGAAUCACCUCACCUCUUCGGAAACCUUGUUCUGCGUGACCGAGAAAAGAACCAAAAUCAAUGGCGUCGGAGAACUUCACAGAUAAAAACGCUGUGUUCAGAAAGCUCAAAGCGAAAUCCGAUAACAAGAUGUGCUUCGAUUGCAAUGCCAAAAACCCUACAUGGGCAUCUGUAACGUAUGGGAUCUUCCUUUGCAUCGAUUGCUCCGCUGUUCAUCGCAGCCUUGGAGUACAUAUCAGUUUCGUCAGGUCUACUAAUUUGGAUUCAUGGAGUCCUGAGCAAUUGAGAAUGAUGAGCUUUGGUGGAAACAACCGUGCACAAGUGUUUUUCAAGCAACAUGGAUGGACUGAUGGGGGAAAAAUUGAGGCAAAAUAUACAUCUAGAGCUGCUGAAUUGUAUAGGCAAAUACUUUCAAAAGAAGUUGCCAAAAGUAUGGCAGAAGAUGCAGGCUUGCCAUCAUCGCCUGUUGCUUCUCAGUCAGCCCAAGCAUCAAAUGGACUGUCUGAUAACAAGGUCAAUGAGAGUCCUAAAGAGAGUUCAUUAGAAAAGCAAGAAGCACCUGAUGUUGCUCCUUCGCUAAAAACUUCUCGUCCAGUUAGUACAAGCUCAAUCAAGAAGUCUCUUGGUGCAAAGAAAACUGGAAAGACUGGGGGCCUUGGUGCUAGAAAGCUUACCUCCAAGCCUAGUGAAAAUCUCUAUGAUCAGAAACCUGAAGAACCAGCUCUUCUUGUUCCUCCAUCUACUAACACUACCAAUCCAAAAGCUGGCACAUCCUUUACAUCGCGCUUCGAAUAUGUAGAUAAUGUCCAGUCUACUGAGCUGAUUUCUGGAGGUCCACAAGUUAUUAACCAUGUAUCUCCACCAAAGUCAUCAAGCUUCUUUGCAGAAUUUGGAAUGGAUAGCGGAUUUCAGAGGAAAUCAAGCUCAAACUCCUCAAAGCAGAUCCAGGAAACAGAUGAAGCAAGGAAAAAGUUCUCAAAUGCAAAAUCAAUAUCAUCAGCUCAGUAUUUUGGAGAUCAGAGCAAAUCCACUGACAUUGAUGCUCAAGUUUCCUUGCAGAAAUUCUCAGGUUCCUCAGCAAUCUCCAGUGCUGAUCUUUUUGGUACCAGCAAUGAUCACUCCAUUGAUCUUGCUGCAAGUGACCUGAUUAACCGGAUAUCUUUCCAGGCACAGCAGGAUAUUUCUUCCCUCAAGAAUAUUGCAGGAGAGACUGGGAAGAAGCUCAGCUCAUUGGCAUCUAACUUAAUGACUGAUCUUCAAGAUCGAAUCCUCUGAUUUGGGUUAAAAAAAAUGUCCAAUGAGUUUGUUACAAUACCAGCCAAUAUUUGUGUAGUGGAAUGUAAAAUGAGUCGAUUAUAAAUUCUUUCGGAAGACGAAUAAAAUUAGGACUUCUAAAAAGGUGUUAUUAUUUUCUAGUACAGGUGGUUUUGAGAUGAAAUGUGUUUUAGUUAUUACACUUGGUAACCAUCAGUUAGUAAACCAGAACAGUUCUCUUGCAGUGUUCUCGGAAGGUAGGAACUGAAAUUAUGAAGAAAACAAUUUGAUUUCUGAUGUUUGGUUUGUGAAAUGUAAUCUUUAAAGCUGAA